AUGCGCGCCACAUUGUGGAGGAAGGAGUACGAGUCCACGAAUAGACGGCCCUCUGCUCAUGAUAUUAUUCGGUGGUACGACGCCCACUCGGACGAGGCGUGGGGCGACGACAAGCCCACCGUGAUGGAGACGCGCGUGCACGCCAAGUGCCUGCGGAGCGUCGCGUCCGUGCGCAACUACUUCCGCGAGUACCGCGCCAAGAAGAAGCACGAGCAGGGCAGGCAGCGAGGAUGA